AUGUGUAGCCAUGGCCUUGACGACGACGGCGUGGAUGAUGAGGACGAUGGUGAUUGGUCAAUUGUGUCUAAUGAUGACGAUGAUGACGAUGACUACCUCCGCGGCGCUAGGUAUGGUGGCAUCGAUGGCACCCGUGGGUGGGAGAUUGUCAAGCGUCAAGAAAUAGAAUGUGAACUGCUGCAAGCGGAGAGAUCUACGGACGCGGAUGCGCACGCGGACUUGCAUGGCCCCUACGAGGACGAGGACGAGGAUAAGGAGGAGGUACUGCCGCAGAUUCAGCCGCAGGACGGAAAAGGGCUCUUGGCCACUUCCCGAGAAGAUAGUCCUCUCGACAAUGAGAGCCGUCUGUCACCGGAACGGAGACCAAGGCUGCGGCUGGCGCCAGGCUUCGAGGGGCAACUUUCUCGGUGA